AUGGACAUCAAAUAUUCUCUCGGCGCCGAAAUCGCCAUUGAAUCAACUGCAACUGGUCCAGGCUCCGUCUCCUAUAAAUCGCUAAAUGUCACUUCUAAGAGUGCAGUCACCUCCGCCUUUACUGCUGCAGCGGAGGAAAUAGGUGGCCUCGACGUCCUUGUCCACGUCGCAGGAAUCCAGCAACAUGCGCCUUCGAAUGACCCGUCUGAGGACUUCCUCGAGCAGGUCACCAAAGCCAAUAUCUGGAGCACGUUGUUCACCAACGCGGCGGCCUACCAGCUUAUGAAGGAAGGCGGCAAAGGCGGCGCCAUCAUUAAUUUCAGCUCCGAGGCAGGUCUCACGUCUGAAACCGCAAGUUUAGGAUAUUGCUUGCUAGCAAAUGAUUAUACUUAG